AUGGCUAAACGCAUCGAGGCGGAAAUCAGGAAGAUAAUCGGGGAUAUCUACGUGUCGACGAUCCUAAUUAGCAGUAGUAGAAUUGCGAAAAGAGAAGUCGCGCUCUUUCUAGGCAUUAGCAUAAACGACCUGUUCCAACCAUUCGGAUGCCCCAAUCAUUUGGUGAAUGAUAAAAAUGAACAAGUAGACCUAACCUUAAGUGGAGCAGUAAAUAUAAAUUACUUAAACAAAAAUAAUGUAAUAUGCCAAAAAGUAGUGGAGUACCAGAAAAUUAAGCUGCAGUUUGUUAACCUUGAAGAAUACAUAGAUGUAAAAUUGGAUUCUUUGGAUCGUCUCCUAAUAGACUCCAUUUCUCACAAUGAACCGGAUUACACCGACAUAUACAACGAAGAAAACUUAAGUGCGUAUUUCGCGAAGAAUAAUCAAGAUUGCGCUGAGCAGAGUGAGGACCAUUUUAACUACAUAUGUGCCAACUCAAAUGCGCUCGCAAAUCAUGUAAAGAAAGAAGUUUUGAGGAACUCCGCGGAGGGGGCAUUCCCCUCGCACAGUGUGUACAGCGAAAGGGUUGUACAAGCAGAUUCAACAGCAACACCCUUCUCUCCCCCCCACACGCCAUAUGAUGCAUCUACUAUAUCUCCACUUGGCCAUUGUACAGGGAGAAAAGAAUCCCUUUCGAAUGUUCACAAAUAUAACGCCUUCUUCCUUCCAUGGUUUAGGACCUACCUUAAGACAGCCUGGAAGUACACCCACAUGUUCAGCGAUAGCUCCUGUACCCCCCUAGGCCUCAUUUACAUAGGGAGCACGAGGGACGAAAACGUAGUCGAUACAUACAAAAGUAUGAUUCAGAAAGAUUUAAAAAAAGAAAAAGUGGGCAUACAUGCACACAUCCCCAAGUGCAUAAUUCUCCUGCACAUAUCGAGCAACCACGAUGAUGACAUAGAAACUGAUGUGCAGAAGUUGUUUGUGAAAAUUCAGUCCACCUUCCCAAACUUCAAGUGCCAUUUGCUUAUUAUCAAGGCGCAUCGAUUUUUGAAUAAGUGCGUAGGAGGGGGCGAAAAAAGUAUGCACACGGUGGCAAAUGAUAAGGUGGAGCACAUAAUAGAACAUGUUGAAUCCAUCCCUAGUGUGAAACGCCCUUCUGAUGAUGAUUUGGCCAAGGGAGAAGUAACCCAGGCCGAUAUAUCGUACGAAGGGAAACCCCCCGUAGAUGGACCCAACAGACAAAAUGUUCAACAUCACGGAGAGUCUAAAGGGAAUGAUCCCGCCACUCCACAGGUCAACUCCAAGGAAAGCGUCCUGGGGGAUGAACGCUUAUUGUCUUACACAGAAAUUAACACACUAAGGACGAAUAAAAACAAGUUGUAUCAACAGAAAGACACACUCCAUCUACGAUUAAACAGAAUACAGGAGCUGUACGUGGAUAACUUAGGUAGCCAUUUUAGUGAUCGCACUGAGGAUGGAAUAAAAACGGCCACGAGCAUGAUCGAAAUUGAGGAAAUGAAAAAAGUGAAGACAAACUUUGCUAGCCAAAUGAAUUCUAUUUAUGAAUACAUUUUUUCGGACCAAAUUAUAUACAUCAGUAAGAAGGACCCCCUACAUUUGGACGAAGCUUAUUUUUGCUGUUGUCUAGAGAAAGUAGAUAUUAUAUCGCUAAAAAUGUUUUUUCAUAACUUUGUACAGAUCUGUGUUAUUCCGUACAUGAACACAAUUACUUACGACAUCAACCACCUCAUUUUGAGGAAUAGAAAAACCUUGCGCAAUCAGUUAAAGUUCAUGUGGAAGAGAACAAAGUUGAAUUUUAGUUCAAGCGAUGCGGCUUUGUUGGUCGCUGAGCAGACAGGCAAUGCUUUUCUGAAUGUUGCGCAGAACGUGUUGGCACCGAGUAGUGACACGACAGGUGGAGCUAACGCUCUUCUUGGUAAGUUCGAACAGGAGGAAGAAAAAGUUGGCCUUCCGGAGGACCAACGGAAAAGCAUCCCACCGGAGUCUGCGUCUGUGCAAAGAAGCGCAAGUGGGAAUUCUGCGCAGAUGGCGGGGGGCUCCACGGUUAAAGCGGUUGACGCGGUUGACUCGGUUGACAUGGGUAGCGUGGUUAAUCCGGUUAAUCCGGUGGACACGGUUGAAGCCGCCCCCAUGGGCGACGCGAAGAACUACAACAAGGAACCACUGGAACAUCUGUACAAAACCCUCAGCGACGUUUACUUCAUCCUGGGCGAGUACGAACUGGCUUACAACACUCUAAAAAUUUGCAUCAACGAAUUUAAGCAUGAAAAGUUAUAUUUCUACUUAGGCAAUAUUUACAAACUUACGAGCCUUUCCAUUUUUAACAUGGACAAUCAAGUAAACAAAAAGGAUUCCCUGUACUAUCUGGACCUGAGUUAUCAGAUGUUCUCAAAGUGCCAACACCUCAACUACAUGUUUAUAUGCUCCAUAUUAAAUUACUACCUUUCCCUGAUUCUUGAUGAGAAGAACGAAGCAUCUGUAAACAUUUUGAUUAACGCCAAUGUGGAUUUUACCUACCUCGACGAAAAACUCAUUGAGGAUGGAAGACCCGUGGGGGAGGGUAGACCCACCAAACUGUCUUUCCAAAUUAACAACAUAAGGUCGGGAUUACUCUUAGAGCAAAUAACCUACAGUUACAAGAAAAGGAAAAAAAAAAAAAAAAAAAAAAAAAAAAGUGGACAACCUUCUCACUCAAUGGCCAACUAUGCCCCAGGAAAUGAGCAAAUAACAAAUUCAGUUGAUAAGUUUGAAGAUCCUGAUGUUGAGAGAUCCCAUGCGGGCAUCAGUGCAACAGUGGGAGAGGAUCACCUGAUGAACAGGCAGAGUGAACACACGCAUAACCUUUUAACCAAAGGUAACAUAACUUCUGGGGAGGUCUACCUGGGGGAUGCAUCUGAAGAAGGCAACCAAGCGCUCCAACCCCGGUUUGAACAAAAUUACAAUUGGCACCAUUACGAAGGGAACGAAAACCAAAGUGGAGACUCUUCUCGUCAGCGAAGAGAAACCAGCGAGAUGUUCACCAGUUCAGAUGAUUAUGACGAGGGGGAGAGUCACCAAAGUGUGAAUAGAGUAAAUCGCAGUGUAGAAAAUACACUUCUCCUACCAGGCGAUUCAGACGAAAAAAUUGCAAAAAAGAAAAACGACUACAAGCGUAGGAAGUACCUAUUCGAAAUGACCCUGGCAGGACACACAUUCAACAAAUGUGGGUUCAAGAAGUUGGCUCUCUUUUGCUACUCCAAAGUGCUAAAGAAAUAUGAAAAAAAAAAAAUGAAACACAUAUAUGAGCACUUACAUUUUAUGAUGGCUCGACAAGCAUUCAGUAUCAACUUGUAUUACGAAGCACUGAACCAUUACAUCUGCAUUCUGAACUCUAUCGCGAAGAGCUUCGAACAUUCCUACAUCCUAAACGGACACGUAGACAUUUACUACGCCUCGCCGGACAAGGAAAUCAAUUUCAUUAGGGAGUUCGCCUACGUGUACAAGAUUUAUGUCGACCGAGUAUUGAAUAGAUUCUUCAGGCGGAUGAAGGAUAGGAAUGCCCAGGUAGAAACACAGGAAGGUAAUCAAUUAGAUCAGAUACACAACUCGAGAGAAAAACCAAACCAUACUUUGUCCAACGAAGCUACUCCGCCAAACAAGCUAAACCGAAUGGUGUACUUCCAGGAGGACAACGAGGAGAACAUAAUAAAACCCCUGAACCUCCGGAUCCCCCUCGUGCACAUAAGGGACGACGAAGGUUGUUUCUUAAACUCCAUUUAUAUAAGCAAAACGAACAUCUACACAUAUCAAAGUAGAAUGGAUAGUAACUUCUAUGAGAUCAUCAAGGAGUGUCUAUUUAAAAUGAACAAGUAUGACACGACAAUUGAUGAUCUCUUCACCAUUAUGGCAAAGGAGUUUAAUGAUUUAUCUCUAUCGAACCUGCACGAAUUGAAUUAUCUUCACUUUACAUACAAGAAGUUUAUCAAUUGCCUUUUGAACGAUUCCAUUGAGUGCUCGUCAUCCGAAUUUUCCAUAUCUGACGGUGCAAAAGGUGCGGGUGCUUCUUCCAGUGAGGCUACUACAUCUACUGAAGGAAACACGGAUAACAAGUCCCCAUCCGCACCAGGAUACGCACCCAUCAUAUCGAUCAACGCGACCCCAUUCCUAAGCUCCAACAGUAAAGAAUGCUUCAUCACGUACAUUCACCAAUUGAAGAAAAAAUUUAUCAACUGUCACCCCCUCAUGCAGUCUGUAAGUGGAAAGAAUAUAUACCAGGGAUCCACAACCAAAGAGGAAACCAUCGUGAACACCAAGUUCGUUCAGUACGCCUCCAAGGGGGAGUUCAUAUUUGUAACUUUUAAAUUGGUGAAUCCUCUACACACCAAGGUAGAAUGCCAGGGCGCACACAUCUGCGCGCAUUACCAUAACGGAGGCAUGAAUAACGAUAUCGAGGUGGAGAAGAGGGUAAUAAUUUUGGAGGCCAGGGAGACCAGGGUCUUUACUCUAUUCCUGCGCCCUCAGAAGAGGGGCCUACUGUUCAUAUCGGGAAUAACGUGGCACCUGUUCGGCCUCGUCAAGGUACACCAGAACUUCUUCGUAUAUGGCAUGAAGAAGUUAAACAAAAAGUUCGAUCGCAUGCACACCAUCAAGUACGACGAUGUGUACAACUGCGAUGGCAAGGAAGACAAGAAGCAAAGUGUAAAGCGGCUGAACAAGGAAAUUAAUUCAUACACAUGGUCUAGCAACAUAGGAAUGCCAGAAGGGACUAGCGCAGACAAAAUGAAGCAUUACGAUGUAGACAACAGACUCCUCCUCUACGUCUACGACAACACAUAUCAUUUCUCCUUCCAAUUUGAAAAUAUCCAUUCGGGAGAAAAGCGAGAGGUGAGCAAAUAUGAGGUAGAUUUUGUUGAACUUCUGGAAGGGGAAAAUUUCGAGAUGGUCCUAAAAACCGUUAACCAUUCAACCAUGCCCGUGAAUUACCUAAGUUUCUGCAUAACCCCAUCCAGCCUGUUUAACUGUUAUAAGGUAGUACAUAAUGAACAAGAGUACCUACUUGGAGAACCUCCAAAUGUACAACUUAUAUCACACCAUGAUGAGGGACAGCACGAUCAUACGUGUAGAGGAUUCUCCCAUGAAAAUAACGCCCAAAUGGGGGGGAGAGGGAAAUUUCAUAAAAAUGAACUUAACUCAAAGAGGAAAGACCUCUCCAUAGUUUCUGACAUGUAUUCUGAAGAGGCACUACGUGAAGACACCAAUGUAUUCAGACAGAAAUUUAAAAACAAACAAAUUCAGCAUAUAAAAAUCAGUGGAGAUAUAUCCGAAAAUGACGUUUUUUACCUGCACGUUCAGGUAAAAUCCAACUGUACGGGAAUGCACAAAUGUAUGAUAACAGCUUUGUGCAAACAUAAAAAUGAAGAGAUAAAAGUGGAAGAUGACAUGCACAUGAAGAUGAAGAAGAAAAAAGAAAAUAGCCUUAGUUAUGAAGAAAUUUUUGUGGAUAAAAAAGAAAAAUGUUUUUUAUUUUUAAGACUGCUGCACAUCGUUCCUUUGGUCAAGCUAAAUACAUACUUACUAAACCCGUGCCAUGGUUCAAAUUCGUUCAUUUAUUUCUUCAUUCACAACUUAUGUAGGAGUGAUAUUUACAUGCAUGACAUAUUUUUGGAGCGUCAGGAAGGAUCUCGUUCUCUCACCAUGGAAAAAAAUUCCUCCAAAAAAAGUGCGGAUGCUCGUGCCAAUUCGAACUUCACCAAAUUGAUUACGGUGCACGCAUCCAAUUUUGUGUACCUCAGGAGAGGAGAAAAAUCCACGGCGCUCCUCUGCACCACGGAGCCUCCUCCAAAUGUAGCAGUGAACUUGUCGCGAAAGAUCCCACAGAAUUCAGCUCCUAUCUAUGUCCACAUGAACUGGGUCGUGAAGGAAGGAACACACACCCGCAAGGGAUCCAUGAAGAAGGCCGUCCACUACCACACGGAUAUAAUAACCCUCUCAGUGGAACAAACCAACAGAGACAUUUAUCUGAAUAACCAAAAGGAAAUAAAUUUUAAAAUAGCAAUAAACAUUCAGAACAAUUCAGGAGAAGACCUUACGAAUUUUUAUGUGCAAGCUCAAGAGGUGGAUUCCAUGAAUUCAGCCUUCUCCAUGGACUGCUACGGCAAUGAAGGAGGACACCACUUGGACGUUCCCAUGUUUGACGUUCUCGAGGUGGGUUCCGAUGGGGGGGAACAUCUCCAAGGACAGAUCGAAUAUCCACACAAGAAUGAUCUGCCAGAGGAUGUCGAGAAGAAACUCCCCACGAUAAGUAGUAUCAACGUGAACGCUCCUCCCCGUGGGGAUAUGAGCAUAUCCAAUUUCGCAAAUGACUUGGGAAGUUUCCAAAUGGAUCAGGUGUUGGAAUACAAGAACCUACGUAAUGGGUUCCCCCCCCAAUGUAGCGUAGACGAAGCGAAAGGAGAGGGUGGAGCCACACAUUUCUCCUACGCGUCCUCUCUUAACGAUGAAAUAAGUAUUGCACAGAAUAACAUGACACGGAAAAUCGACUUGUCCAGUUACAAACCCAUAAGUGCAAGCUACCGAUGGGAUGGUAACUUUGAGGUGAGCAUGUCGACGGGGUUACUUGGAACCGGCUAUCUCCUCGAUGAGGUGGAUGGGGAGAACGAACCUGUCGGCGGAAGGCAAGAUGUGACAUUCGAAGCAUCCAACACGAUGGAAAAAAGAAACCUCCACACGGGUAAAAUGAUCAGAAGAUUCCACAAAAACGUAAGGGACAACACAUAUGUGUACAAAAACCACUGCGCAAAUACCAGCCAAUGCACCCUACUGGGUAGAAACCUCUCACCAGAAAAUGUCCAAAAGGAGAAAGACACAGGAAAAAGGGCCCUUUCACUAAGUGGCUUCGUUUUCAUGGGAAUUGUCCAACGGUAUAUAAAAAGAUUGAAAAAGGGAGAAUGCAAAAAGUUAUAUUUUAAUGUACUUUUCACUCGGGAGGGAAUCUACAACAUAAAUAAAUUUCAUGUCAUUUUCAACAUGCACAAUCAGACCUUCAUGGUGCAGCCGCUUAAUCAGUUAAUUGUGCAGGUGCACCGAUGA